AUGAUCCUCCCGGAUGCCGACCCGUGCCAGGAUUUCUUCAAGUUCGCCUGCGGAACGUUCAUCAAGAUCGCCAAGAAGCUUGCCUACGACUUUGGCGAGGCCUACUUCCCACUCGACGACGAUGACCUGGAGCGCGGCCUCGACUCCUACAAGAACUUCGUGGAAGGGCUGGAGGAGGCACGUUUUGAGCAUCUACCAAAUCCUUGCUUCCAGAUCCCGCUCUUCACCUUUUUCCGGAAUGGCUACCCGAUCUUCAAACUCAACCGGGAUCGAAUCGCCCUGAUCCCGGAGCAAUAUUUUGAGGAUCUCAAUCGCUACCUCGAAGAUCACCAGGAAGAGGCCAGGGAAGCGCUGGUCAUCCAAUGGUUCCUCGACCAACUGCCGACCCUUGGAAACGACUAUGAGACCAUUCGAAAGACCUACAGCUCGCCCUACGACUACAAGCCGCUGGAUACGUACUGCUUGGAUAAGCACUCCCAAGAAGAAUCUCAGGCCCGCCCGGAGGCGAUCAACGACUUCUACUCCUUGCGUUUCCAUUGGGCGCUGCUGACGCCGCCACUAUACCACGUCGACGCGGCGCUCGAGUUGCAGUACGGCGCGCUCGGGUUCAUCAUCGCCCACGAGAUCGCGCACACCAUUGAUCCGGGAUGGAUCAAUCGCGACACACAGGUGCUCGCCGGCGAUGAGGACGAGGGCCAAUUCGCCGAACAAGUCGAGUGUAUCGAUCAUCAGUACGGGAACGCCACCUUUCCCAUCGUCUCGUCGAAUCACACCUUUAGGCAACCCGGCAACCAAACACACGAAGAAACCGUGGCUGAUAAUGCAGCCGUCAGGGCGGCUUUUCGCGCCUACCGCAACGAGCGGAGGCGCCUCUACGGCCGGGUCGAGCCAAAACUUCCCGGACUCGACGCCUACACCCCGGAUCAGCUCUAUUUUGUGGCGGCGGCUAUGUUCCACUGUGGCGAGCACAGCGAUGGCGAUCUUGAGGGGUACAUGGCGGACGAGCAUCCGAUUGGCUACAUUCGUGUCAAUGAGAUGAUGAAAAACUCGAAGGACUUUUCCCGCGCCUACAAGUGUCCGCUGAACUCGCCGAUGAACCCGGAGAAGAAGUGCCGCGUGUGGCGCCACAAGAAGAUC